AUGCCUCCCAGAUCGGGCUCGCCCGCCCGCUCAGAGAACGAAUUUGACAUUGGCAGCGCAUUGUUCGGAGGGGACCUUGAAACUACGUACGACUCUCCAAACGGACAAAAUGGGGAUUUGCAAGGGGACAACUUGGAUGUCAUGGAAGAUGACUCCGGGGUUGACGAAGAGGCCUUCAUCGCCGCUCAACAAGCGGCAUCGAAUCGCAAAGGUGCAAAUCUGAAAGGGCGCACUGUGAAAAAAGGUGGUGGUUUUCAAGCCAUGGGUCUCAAUGCCAAUCUGCUGAAAGCGAUAACGAGGAAAGGAUUUUCUGUUCCCACGCCGAUUCAGCGCAAGACAAUACCUCUCGUCCUCGGCGAAAAGGACGUGGUGGGUAUGGCAAGGACUGGUUCCGGAAAGACGGCGGCUUUCGUCAUUCCUAUGAUCGAAAAGCUCAAGGUACACAGCACGAAAGUCGGUGCCAGAGCUCUGAUUCUGUCGCCGUCUAGAGAGUUGGCUUUGCAAACAUUACAUGUGGUUAAGGAGCUGGGCAAGGGCACGGAUCUCAGGUCAAUCCUUCUGGUGGGAGGUGACAGCCUGGAGGACCAGUUUUCGGCCAUGUCUAACAACCCGGAUAUCAUCAUUGCUACUCCAGGGAGAUUCCUUCACCUGAAGGUCGAAAUGAAUCUGGACCUUCUGAGCAUCAAGUAUGUUGUCUUUGAUGAGGCCGAUCGUCUCUUUGAAAUGGGGUUUGCAGCCCAGCUCACAGAAAUUCUACACGCCUUACCCUCAUCGCGGCAAACUCUCCUGUUUUCUGCUACACUACCCAAGUCACUCGUUGAGUUCGCCCGGGCAGGAUUACAGGAUCCCAUGUUGGUCAGGCUUGAUGCAGACAGCAAAAUAUCCCCCGAUUUACAAAGUGCCUUCUUCACUUUGAAGUCAUCUGAGAAAGAAGGGGCUUUACUCCAUAUCCUCCAAGACAUUAUCAAAAUGCCUACAAGAUCCCAGUUGAUCUCGUCAAUCACGACUUCUGCGACAACAGAGAGAUCGAACAGUAAGAAGAGGAAACGCGAGGCAACUGAAGAAGACGGCAGCAAUACACUUGGUCACAACCCAUUUUCCACCAUAGUCUUCACCGCCACGAAGCACCACGUUGAGUACAUCGCAAGCCUACUACGUCUGGCAGGCUAUGCAGUCUCCUACGUCUAUGGCUCGCUCGACCAAACCGCCAGAAAAUCUCAGGUCCAGGGUUUUCGGAGUGGUCAGACAAACAUCCUGGUUGUCACCGAUGUCGCAGCCCGGGGUAUCGAUAUCCCGGUGCUCGCAAAUGUCAUCAACUACGAUUUUCCCUCGCAACCAAAAAUAUUUGUCCAUCGUGUGGGACGGACUGCACGAGCGGGCCAGAGGGGUUGGAGUUAUAGUCUUGUCAGAGACUCCGAUGCGCCCUAUCUGCUGGAUCUGCAGCUCUUCCUCGGCCGGAAACUGGUACUUGGUCGAGCACCAAGCAGCGAUCUUGUCAACUUCGCACAGGAUGUUGUGGUUGGCAGUUUUCGACGAGAGGCAAUCCAGACCAGUUGCGAAUGGGUGACAAAAUCAUUAGAAAGCGAUUCCGAUCUCUCGGCUCUCCGAAAUGUGGCAUCAAAGGGCGAGAAGCUAUAUCAACGGACCAGAAACGCCGCCUCCUCAGAAAGUGCGAAACGAUCGAAACAAUUUGUCUCGUCACCAGGCUGGUCAGAACUGCACUGCUUAUUCAACGAUGCGACAGAUGACAUGGAAGUUGAAAGAGAGAAAAUGCUUGCACGUGUGGGCGGUUUCCGACCUCAGGAAUCCAUCUUUGAAAUUGGGGCUCGGCGUGGCGGGCGAAAGAACAACGAGGAUGCGGUGGACGCUAUUCGCAAGAUUCGGUCUGGCUUCGAUAGUAGGAAGCAGAAGGGCGCGGAUGCUUCCCAGACGCGGCUAGAAGUCGGAGACGAUGCAGUUGCUCAAACUAGCGAUCCAUUCGGCUCAGCAGAAGAUAAUGUUGAGUCAGGUUUUGUGGAUGGUGACAACGAUGUCGAUGGUAUGUCGGAAGCCUCCUUAAGUGAUCUGGAAAUCACCUUCUCUCAACCAUACUCCAAGAAAUCCCAAACACCAAAGUCAUCGAAGUCUGGAUUACGCAGCACGGAUGGAGACUUUCGCGAUCCCGAGAACUUCAUGUCUUACCAGCCCACCACACAUGACCUUACUUCUGACCGCGCCUACGGCGUCCACUCCGGUUCCAAUACAAAUUUGGGCACCAGCUUUGUGGAAUCUGCGCGCACGGCCACGAUGGAUCUUGCAGCAGAUGAAUCGUCCAAGACUUUUGGAGAGAACAGAGCCAUCAUGCGGUGGGACAAGAGGCAUAAAAAGUAUGUGAGGCGCGACAAUGACGAGGAUGGAUCUAAGACAGGCAAGAGACUUGUGAAGGGAGAGUCUGGAGCCAAAAUUGCCGCGAGUUUUAGAAGCGGGCGGUUUGACCGGUGGAUGAAGGCGAAUCGAGUCAACAGGCUGGGAAGAGUAGGUGAGGAAGAGAAGAACUCGGGCGUUAGCGCGAGCGGAGUGGGUUUUGCUGGUAGCAGGGGAAAGAAAUUCCAGCAUAAAUCGCAAAGAGCACCGAAACAGCCGGAUAGACUGAGAGGGGACUAUGAGAAACAAGUGAAAAAGGCCAAGGGCGCGAAAGAGAGAGAAGAACAAGCGGGCGGGAAUGCCAAAAGGGAGAUCAGAAGCGUCGAUCACAUGGUCAAGGAGAGGAGGCUGAAGGAGAAGAGAAGGGAGAAGAAUGCCCGGCCACGACGACGGAAGGGAUAG